GAAGAAAAAGAAAAGAAGAAAACAUCCGCGGUGUCUUCAUCAGCUUUAGCUGGCCCCGUUUGGGACGCAGACAAUGUUUAUGUUGUGGGCUUUCUUUCUCAUCUAAAAUGGACAGUUUUCAAGCAGGAGAUCCGCUGUAUCUGAAAAGGAGAGUGAAGGGAUGCAGUCUUGAGGUCCACCCCACUGAGAGAGCCCUCGUGGUUCAGUAUGAGGUGGAGGCAACUGUCUUGGGAGAGCUGGGGAACCCGAUGGUUGGAGAACGCAAAGAGUGUCAGAAAAUCAUUCGCCUGAAAAGCCUCAACGCCCACACAGACACGUCCUCUUUGGCCCGGAAGAUCGUGGAGGAAUGUCAGCUGAUUCACUCGUCCAAACUUCGCGAGGUGGAGCAGCUGCUCUUCUAUUUGCAAAACCGCAAACAGUCCAAUGACGACGACAAAGAGAAGAGCCGCAUCUCACCUCGAGACUUCACACCUUGCGCAGGAGUGGAGGAUGAGGUGGCGACCAUCAACAGCAUCGAUGAGUAUGUGGAGCUGCUGUACGAGGACAUCCAGGAGAAGAUCAGAGGAGCCGCCCUCAUCUUCCAGCUGGCUCGCAACCCAGACAACCUGGAGGAGCUCAUUCAGAAUGAGACGGUCCUUGGAGCCCUGGCCAGAGUUUUGAGGGAGGACUGGAAGCAGAGUGUGGACCUGGCAAUGACCAUCAUCUAUGUCUUCUUCUGCUUCUCCAGUUUCUCCCAGUUCCAUGGCCAUGUCACACAUUUCAAGAUUGGGGCCCUUUGUAUGAAUAUCAUCGAGCAUGAGCUGAAGAGGUACGACCUCUGGCAAGACGAACUGCAGAAGAAGAGGAAGGCCUAUGAAGAAUUCUCUGAGAACCCAAAUCUGAGGAAGGAACAUGAGAAGUCUUUCAGAAAGUACCAGAGCCUUCUGACCAAGCAGGAGCAGCUCCUCAGAGUUGCUCUGUGUCUGCUGCUGAACCUGGCUGAAGACCCCCGCACAGAGCUGAAGAUGAGGAACAAAAACAUCGUCCACACGCUGGUGAAGAUCCUGGACCGGGACGACGAGAAGCUGCUGGUGGUGGUGGUCUCCUUCCUCAAGAAGCUCUCCAUCUUCCUCGAAAACAAGAAUGACAUGGCGGAGACGUUCGCCGUGGAGAAGCUGUCUCGGCUGGUUCCCUGCGAUCACGAGGAGCUCCUGAGCACCAACCUGCGCCUCCUGCUCAACCUCUCCUUCGACACGUCGCUGCGCGGCCAGAUGGUCCACGCUGGACUCCUUCCCAAAGUCUCCUCACUGCUCGCUGACGAGGCCCAGAGACAGCUCUGCAUGUGCAUUCUGUACCACAUCAGCAUGGACGACAGAUUCAAGUCCAUGUUUGCCGACACAGGCUGCAUACCGCAGCUGAUGAAGAUGGUGUUUGACUGUGGGGAGAAGAAGAUGGACGUUGAGCUCAUCUCGCUCUGCAUCAACCUGGCUGCCAACAAGAGCAACGCCAAGGUCAUCUGUGAAGGCAACGGCCUGAAGAUGCUGAUGAAGCGUGCUGUGAAGCUGAAGGAUGUUCUGGUGACGAAGAUGAUCAGAAACCUUUCUCAGCAUAGCGGACCCACCAAGAGCCUCUUCCUGGAACACGUCGGUGACCUGGCAUCCCAGAUCAGUGAGGAGGAGGAGGCGGAGGAGUUUGUGAUCGAGUGUCUGGGCACGCUGGCCAAUCUGACCAUCGCCGACCUGGACUGGGCGCUGGUCCUCGAGGAGUACAACCUGGUGCCCUACCUGAAAGAGAGACUCAAACCAGGUUCUGCUGAGGAUGACCUCAUUCUGGAGGUGGUGAUCAUGAUCGGCACCGUGUCCAUGGACGACUCGUGUGCAGCCAUGUUGGCAAAGUCUGGUAUCAUUCCAGCUCUUAUUGAGCUGCUUAACGCCCAACAGGAGGACGAUGAGUUUGUGUGUCAGAUCAUCUUCGUCUUCUACCAGAUGGUGUUUCACGAAGCCACCAGGGACGUCAUCGUCAAGGACACUCAAGCGCCUGCGUACCUCAUGGACCUGAUGCACGACAACAACGCCGAGAUCCGCAAAGUCUGCAACAACACGCUGGACAUCAUCGCCGAAUAUGACGAGGAGUUGGGAAAGAAGAUCCAGAAUGAGAAGUUCCGCUUGUACAAUUGUCAGUGGCUGGAUAUGGUGGAGAACCGACCGAUGGAUGAGGCGGGACAGCCAUUCCUGUACGGGGAGGACGGGGAACCCUUCAUCGGGGACAGAGACAUCCUGGAGAGACCCGAUCUGUUCUACAGCGACGACGGGGUCAUCUCAGCGGACGGGGCCAUCAGUCCCGAGUUCUACACCGACAUCCAGGACGGAGAGCUGGGACAGACUGGAUACAUGAGCAGUUUGUCGGAGCAGUUUGUCCCCGCCGGUCGACCAGUCCGCCCCGACAAGCAGGCGGUCUACAACUACAACGCCGCCUCCCGGUAAACCGUGAAGCUCUCGCACAUCCACACCGGACGAGCUGCAUCUUGAUUGCGGAGGAACGGCAUCGGCGACCAGUCUGUUAGAGGGGCAGAUCAUCAGAAGCGUCCGGUUCUCGAUGUUGGAGCACGUAUUUUAAUAUUCUAAUCCACAUUCAGGGAAAACGAGCAAGUCUACGGGGAACAAGUUGAAUUACCCCCAUGAACAAAUUCCUCAAGAUUUAUUAUAAUAUUAUAUGAACGCGAUGCGCUUAAAAACCAACAGAACAAAUAUUUAAGGUCGGUCUUUAAUUUCAUUUUACUCGUAUUCUGAUGAAUUUUAAUAUUGCUGCUGUGAAUCAAAGCGUCAUAGUUCUGUAUUGUGAUAAACUAGCAGCUGUUGAUUUAACACUGAACUGCGUUUUUCUGACUUCACCGUCACGUUUGCCUAAACCGAAUGUUUCUUAUGUAACCACAGCCUGCCGAAUGAUCGCUUAUUAACAAAAUACAUGGAAAGAAAUAAGUGCGUUUAAAAAAUAAAUACAUCUGGUGUUAUUCUAUAUUUCUUUCUCAUGUCCAACAUCUAAAGCGCAGACUCAAACCGACAAUGUGUUGGUGCGUCUCAAUACUUUCUAACCUCCUGUCUGUGGCUCUCAGCUCCGAGCCCAUUGGUUCAUAAUGAAGUCGGUCUUUAAAAACACCUUUUAAAACUAAUUGAUGGUGAUGAAGGAACGUGUCAUCCCGUGCAGCAAUAUAUGGCUCAUUCAUGUGUUUUUAAUGGAGCUCUAUGGCUCAGAGGAAGAAGACACACAGGGCUCUGACACACACACACACACACACACACGUUCAUAGAUGUAUUCACUGUUGGUUGAAUUUAUUAACAAGAGAAGAAUUUACAGAAUAUCACCAGAACUAUUCUUUAAUCGCAAUAUUUUAUAGAAUUAAAACCAGUCCAGGUCACUUGCUGCUGUAGCUUUUUUAUUUAUUUGUUAUUGUUUGCUUGUGAGGCCCAAAGAAGUGGAAGUGAAAAAAAAGCUAAACUUAGAAAAGGCCCUUCCAUUUCAUCCCUUUAACCAUAUUGUGACCUCGGAUUAAUCUGGUCGACUGGGACGUAAUAUAUUAGGUUCCACAUGUGCCUGAAAAAUAGUUGCGUUAAAUUACUCUACCUCAUGUUUGUGGUUCUGUAUUCUGAUAAUCGCUGUGUAAUUUGGUACACAUUAUAGGGACACUACCGGAGACAGAUGUGUUCAACAGUUGCUCUUUCAAUUGAAGUAACCUGGACCUCUCAGUUACUGCACAGCAGGUCAGCUGGAUUUGCUUAUACUCAUAAAUCAACAAUCUUUUAGAAACUCCACAUCACUCUCUAAACUUGAAUAACUGUCUCACAGCAUUGUCUCUAUAAUUAGUCCCAAUAAUGGACCAUAACAUUGAGUACACAAGCGCUGGAUUAAGACCUCAUUUAUCUUUAUUUCUAUGAAUGUAAUUGAAGAAGAAAUAACAGCCUUUAUCUGAUCUUAAAAAAGUCAGAAAUAUCAACAAAUGUUAAUUUAUUUGUAUUAUUUAUCUUGUCCUUGAUGUGCCUGGAGCGCUGCUGGUCCGCAAAAAUAUGUAAUGCAAUAUAUCAAAUAAACGUUUUAUUGUAGUCAAACUGUAUUUAGUAUUUAAUCCGUCACCGAUGUUGGAUUACUUGAAGGUUUUUGAUAUUUCUCAGCACAGUGUGUCUUUGAUUGUGGACCAAAAAUAAAUAAUCCAAACCUCA